CCCGGCAAGAUUGGCGAGCCUGAUCCGCGCUCCAGCGGCCGUGACAACUUCGGGGCUGGCCGCGGACUUCGUGGGUGCCCGGGGCUCUGCCCUGCACUGCAGCCGCUCUGCCGCUUCCCGGGACCUGAAGUCGGCCGCGAGGGCUCCUCCGACGGCAUCCCCAGGAAGGGGGGUGGGACAAGGAGGGGUUAAAAGACGAGCAGAAACCCACCCAACUACUCAACCUCUCGUGACUGCCUGUGUGCUGGGGUUCUGAGAGGGACCGAGCGCUGCCCGGGGAAGCAAUGCAAGUCUCCAUAGCCUGCACAGAGCACAAUUUGAAGAGUCGGAAUGGUGAGGACCGACUUCUGAGCAAGCAGAGCUCCACCGCCCCCAAUGUGGUGAACGCAGCCCGGGCCAAAUUCCGCACGGUCGCUAUCAUCGCGCGCAGCCUGGGGACGUUCACCCCUCAGCACCACAUUUCUCUCAAAGAGUCCACCGCAAAGCAGACUGGCAUGAAAUAUAGGAAUCUUGGAAAAUCAGGACUCAGAGUUUCUUGCUUGGGUCUUGGAACAUGGGUGACAUUUGGAGGUCAAAUUUCAGAUGAGGUCGCUGAACGACUGAUGACAAUUGCCUACGAAAGUGGAGUUAAUCUCUUUGAUACUGCCGAGGUCUACGCUGCUGGAAAGGCUGAAGUGAUUCUGGGGAGCAUCAUCAAGAAGAAAGGCUGGAGGAGGUCCAGCCUGGUCAUAACAACUAAACUCUACUGGGGUGGAAAAGCUGAAACGGAAAGAGGGUUGUCAAGAAAACAUAUAAUUGAAGGAUUGAAGGGCUCCCUCCAGAGGCUGCAGCUCGAGUACGUGGACGUAGUCUUUGCCAAUCGACCAGACAGCAACACCCCCAUGGAAGAAAUUGUUCGAGCCAUGACACAUGUGAUAAACCAAGGCAUGGCCAUGUACUGGGGGACCUCGCGGUGGAGUGCCAUGGAGAUCAUGGAAGCCUAUUCUGUAGCACGACAGUUCAAUAUGAUCCCUCCAGUGUGUGAGCAAGCUGAGUACCAUCUUUUCCAGAGAGAGAAAGUAGAGGUUCAGCUACCAGAGCUCUACCACAAAAUAGGAGUUGGAGCGAUGACCUGGUCCCCACUUGCCUGUGGAAUCAUCUCAGGAAAAUACGGAAACGGGGUGCCUGAAAGCUCCAGGGCCUCCCUGAAGUGCUACCAGUGGUUGAAGGAAAGAAUUGUGAGUGAAGAAGGAAGAAAACAGCAAAACAAAUUAAAAGACCUCUCCCCAAUUGCCGAGCGUCUGGGCUGCACACUCCCUCAGCUAGCUGUUGCAUGGUGCCUGAGAAACGAGGGCGUGAGUUCUGUGCUCCUGGGAUCAUCCACGCCUGAGCAGCUCAUCGAGAACCUGGGUGCUAUUCAGGUUCUCCCAAAGAUGACAUCACACGUGGUAAAUGAGAUUGAUAACAUAUUGCGCAACAAGCCCUACAGCAAAAAGGACUACAGGUCAUAAGGCAAUGCAUGAGCCACAGGCGCUGCAUGGUUAAAAUAUCGGCCUACACCGAUACUGAAAGGUGUUACUAGCCAGUCUUUUAAAUCACUUAGCAGCUGAUGCUCAACCUCUAGUGUCCCAGGAUUCUGAGGUGUCUGCUGUCGCUACCACUGUGCACCUGAAUUAUGAGCACAUCUGAAAACUCAUGCCUAAGGAAAUCCAUUCUAUUUUCUUAUCUUGGACUGGAGUCACCUAUUCUUGCAUUGCUCUGUACACCUCAUGCUAAUGCAACAGAAAGUAGAUGGGCAGGAAAGACGUAUUACCUUCAGGCAUUUAGUAACGUAAAGAAGGCUAUACAGAGAGAUGUUUUUACAAAUGAACAAAAUCCACAAUGCAAUGUGGAUUGCAUCAGAAGGAGUAGGCUAAGUUCACUCAGAAGUCCUGCUUGGGAAAAUAAGCAGAACUAAUUUAACUUUUUUUUUUUUUCUAUUUUCACAUUCCUGUUAGCAAGUUGUUUCACGAAUCGUUUCCAACAGAACUGUAACUUCUAGUUAUUUACUUUCAUUGCCUUUUAAAUAUUCACUGUUGCUUAGCCCCAAGAAUGACCCUGUAUGGCAACUUAUCCACGGUGUCUAUUAGUAUUCUCCUAAUGUUAUGUUCAUUUACAUGUAGAGAUGGUAGAAGCAACAUUAUGGUAAAUUUAUGAAAAGGGAGGAUUACGCUACUAUGGAAGCUUAGCUUUGAAUAAAAUGUAAUGCAUUUGCAAUGAAGUGUUCAUUUUUGACUACAUUUUAUGAAAACCUGCUUUAUAUUUUUGACUGCUUAUAGGCACAACUUCUGCAAGUUUAUAUGUUUGAGCUUUGAAAGUAAAUAUACACAGGCUCAGGUUUUUUAAGUAAACCUGUAAAAUACCCAGAAAGGCAAAUGUUUGCUGUUUAAUUAGCACUGGGAUUUUACAAUAUGUUUGGUGUUUUUGAGGAGUUAAUAACAUGAAAGUAAAUCAUGGGCUUUGUGAAAAAUAUUGUCACUACUCAGCAUAUGCUGGGUGAAUUAACUUGCCCAACAAAAAGCAAAAUGUUAAAGAACCUCCUGAUUCUAUAGUCACAUUAUGUGCACUAAACUAUAUGCAUGAAAGCUCACUGCAUGGAUUAAAGUGGCCUAGCUUUAGUGCACUCAGAAGCUGAGGUCUAUCUAGCCCUGCCACUACUGGCUACCUACCCUCAUGAAUACUCCAUGUGAGAGAAAUUUUGAGAAUAUAUUGUGUGGAACUGUUAGAAGAAAAAAAAUUUUUUUUGUCUCUUUGGGGGUGUGUGUUGGGGGUGGGAAUCCUAUAACUCAAUUUGGACACCUGAGCAUGUACAAAAUUCUAAUUUAAUUUU